CUCGGUGGCCCCAGUAUAGAAACGUCAAACCAGUGGCUGCUGUCACUACAUCACAACAAAGCCGUAAAUUGGUAAACAAACAGUAUUCGGUGCAAUUUUUCCCACACGCCACAACACGGAGCCGAAACGAUGCAGAACAGUUUGGUAAAGCUACGAACUCAAACCCCGCUGUACGGGCAGCUUGUGAUUGGACCGCCCGGCGCGGGGAAAACUAGCUACUGCCACAAAAUGCAAGCAUUCCUGGAAAAAAUAGGCCGCAAAGCGAUGGUCGUGAAUCUGGAUCCAGCCAACGACAACAUGGAGUACACGAGUGCGGUCGACAUUAUGCAGCUGAUCACGGUGCAGGACGCAAUGGAACAGUUCGGGCUCGGUCCGAACGGGGCCCUCAUCUACUGCAUUGAGUUCCUGGAGACAAACUUCCAAUGGUUGUUGGAUCAGCUGAAAAGCCUAGACAGUAACUACUUCAUCUUCGACUGUCCGGGUCAGGUGGAACUUUUCACGCACAACAACGCGCUGAAGAAUAUCUUCGCCAAGCUAGAACAGUUAGGCUACCAUCUCUGUACGGUGCAUCUCGUCGAAUCACACUACUGCCUGGAACCGUACAAAUUCAUCUCCUGCUUGCUGCUUUCCCUUCACACGAUGCUACAGAUGGGCCUGCCGCACGUGAAUGUGCUUAGCAAGGCGGACCAGCUGAAGGAUCAAGACGCGAAGCUCCCGUUCAACGUGGAAUACUACACGGAAGUGUUGGAUCUGAGCUAUCUGCUCGAGUGCAUGGACACCAGCCGGUUGGGGAACAAAUUCAAGCAGCUAAACGCGGCCAUCGUUUCCAUGGUGGAGGACUACAGUUUAGUGUCGUUCCUGUUGCUCGAUGCUAGGCGCGAGCCGAGCCUGCUGCGACUUAAAAAUGCAAUCGAUAAAGCGAACGGAUAUGUGUACGGUGCUGGAGAGGAGAAAAACAUCAACACGCUGCUGGCGUGUGCCGUUGGAGCGGAGACCGAAUCCGACCGAAUGGAGCGUGAUAUAGAUCCGUACCUAAGCUAAUACACCGGUUCGAUACAGCCCGAUAUUAAACCACAAAA